AUGGCUCUGGCCACGUUAGUUCCCACCCAAGUACGCGCUGCAGCGGCUGACCAAAUGGACUUCGCCGCUUGCCCGGUGCGCCACAGUCCAGAAUAUCACUGCUGCGAGUACUCGGAGACCACCAAGGUGCUCUACACCAAGUACAACCGCCCGUCGGGCGGCGAGUACGAGUCGUACUACGUCGACGGUUGGAACGAGCAGCGUCAAGUGAACUACCCGUACACUAUGUACCAUCCUACGACGCAAGAGUUCUACUAUGACGACCCGAGCACGAUCUGCCGAGUGCAGGCCGUGGCCAACACGGCAACGGGCGUGCUCACUGAAGAAUUGCAGUGUGCCGACACCAACUCGUCCCUCGUGGCAGCGUCUCAAGACAGCACCGUCUUCUGGACGUAUGCAGCUAACGUCCGCAACAACAACGCUACGUUCCCCGUUGGUGCCACUUGCUACAGCAUCAUGCUUCGUGACGGCACAGUCGACUCGGAUCUGAUGGACGCAUGUAUAUCCACGUCUUCAACUGUCGAGCCUCGAUUCACUACGUUUACGGAGACUCCGUUGGUCAUCAUCUACCUGCUGUAUCUGGCCUUCUUUGUCAUCCUCGGAGGCUGGACGGUCUACAAAAACUUCAUGCAGAACGCAAACAAGUCGGUAAACGAGAUGAGCAAGAAACUCAUUAACACGCCCCAGACGCCGUCGCGUGCAGUCGCGGGCAAUGCCAACGGCCGCCACACGAGUGUCCGUGUCUCCGAUACUCGCAUGCAGAUCGAAGCUGCCGAGGGUAUUCUGCAAACGGGUUUCUCCCCUUCGUAUCUAGGCAACUUUGUCUUUGGUUGUGUGGUGGUGGCGUCUCUCGCAUUGAACGUGAUCCUCAUCAUAAUCAUUUGCGACUACUACGGCAACUUUGACCCUCCGCUUUUCGACACGUCUGAGGACAAUGCUCUUGUGUUCAUUAUCGUGUGGGUCAUCACUUCCCUUUGGUUUGUCGUGAUCGUGGCGAAGCAGGACAUCAUCUUCAACUUCUUCCGUCUCCGUGUGCCACUCGACAAGUGCGCGUUCGUCUACAUGCUCAAGCGUGACGAAACCGAGGUAUUGCUAGCUGAUCGAUCGGGUGUGUCGGACUUCGUAGCUAAAGUCGAGAGCUUCUUCACCCCCAAGGGAAAGAUCAGCGGAUACCGUACGACUGUUCCGGUGGUGGAGGUAGAUGGACUCCGAAUUGUCGAGUUCCAACACACCCGAUACGUGUACGAGGAGACCGAACAGCGCUUUGUGCCUGGUGUCGUCGCACUCGGUCGCACCUACGACGAUAUGCAACAAGAAGCCAGCGGACUAUCGGAUACCGAAGCGAGACACCGAAUCAACACGGUCGGAUCGAAUUCCGUUGACGUGGAGAUGCCGUCGCUGCCAGUGUCCAUGGCGCAGGAGUUCUUCACUCUGUUCUACAUCUACCAGAUCAUGUGCUACUACGUCUGGUACUACUUCACGUACUGGAACAUGGGGAUUGUCAUGACGGUCGUGGUGCUGGGUGCCGCCGUGGUUAACAUCUACACGCAGCGUCAGAUCCAGUCGUCGAUUGUCAAGAUGACCCGUUAUCGCACGGAUGUGACGGCGUUCCGUGCCGGUGAGUGGCGAGUGUUGUCCUCUCCCGAUUUGGCACCUGGUGACCUGGUGAAGGUAUCGGAGAACUGGGUGGUGCCGUGCGAUAUGGCCAUCGUGAAGGGCACGACGGUGUGUGACGAGUCCAUGUUGACCGGUGAAUCGAUGCCGGUGCAGAAGUUCCCGAUCCCUGAACGCAGCUCGGAAGUGUAUGACCCUGAGAAGGGCAGCAAGAAGCACACGCUGUUCGCUGGUACUCGCGUCUUGUCUUCGGGUCGCAAUGAGGAGAUUCUGGCGAUUGUACAGACAACUGGUGCGCAUACGACGAAGGGUCAGUUGAUUCAGUCGAUCCUGUUCCCGAUCCCGAUGCGAUUCAAGUACAACGAGCACCUGAAGGUCUUGAUCGGCCUUCUUCUCGUCUACGCUGUCAUCGCGUGUAUUCUUGUGAUCAACUUCUUGUUGAGAAACGGCAAGUUGAGCAACCGUUAUGCCGCAUUCUGCUACGCCAUCUUUGUUCUGUCGUGCGUCAUCAGUCCACUCCUCCCCGUUGUCAUCACGGUUGGCCAGGUGAACGCCUCCCAGCGUCUCGAAAAGCUCGGCGUUUUCUCACUCAAUGUCCAACGUAUCACUCUCGCCGGUAAGGUGCGCAUUUUCUGCUUCGACAAGACCGGCACCCUCACCAAGCAGGGACUCGACUUCCUCGGCGUUCAACCGGUUAGGGACGGCCUCUUCACCCCCAUUGUCAACGAUGUGAAGGACGCAUCGUCGUCUGAAGAUCUUCUGUACGCCCUGACGACGUGCCACUCGGUCGGCUCUCUCGAAGACCGUCUCGUGGGUAACGAAGUGGAGGUGCGCAUGUUUACGGCCACGGGUUGGGAGCUGGUCGAGAAGGAAGGAGAACAGCCGUGUGUGAAGUCGAGGGUGGACCCGGGACUGGAACUGGAGUUCAUCAAGCGCUACGACUUCGACCACCACCGCAUGUCCAUGAGCGUCGUGGUGCGCAACCGCAAGAGUGGCAAGUACUAUGUGUUCUGCAAGGGGUCGUACGAGCGCAUGCAACAGCUGAGCACACCUGGCAGUGUGCCGGCGGACUACAAGAGCGUGGCCGACCGUCUCGCCAAGGACGGAUGCUACGUUUUGGGUCUGUCGUACCGCGAGCUGCCGAGCGACUGGACGCAUGAGCAAGUUGUCGAGUUUGCCAACGACCGCGAGGCUGUGGACGAGAGUCUGUCGCUGCUGGGUCUCAUUCUGUUCCGUAACGAGCUCAAGGACGACACGGCCGACGCCAUCGCCAAGCUCAAGGCCGGCGACAUUCGCACCGUCAUGAUCACGGGUGACAACGCCAUGUGCGGCUGCUACAUUGCUCGCCAGAGCGGCAUGGUGUCGUCGAGCUCUCGUGUGAUUCUGGGUGAGAUGGUGUCAACGACUGAGUUCAAGAAGUUGGUGUGGCGCGACGUGGACUCGGAGGAAGAGUAUGACGUGCCUGCGGUGAAGAGUUUGGUCGAACGGGGCGAGGACGUGGAGCUGGCCGUCACGGGUGUGGCGUUCGACUACCUGGUGUCCAUGGGCGAGAUCAAGGGGUUGUUACUGCACAUUCGCAUCUACAGUCGCAUGACACCCGACGGCAAGGUGGAGUGUGUGAAGCUGCACAUGGAGACAGGAGCAGUGACUGGUAUGUGCGGCGACGGGGGCAACGACUGUGGUGCUCUUCGUUUCGCGCACUGCGGUGUGGCUCUGAGUGACGCUGAAGCUUCAGUUGUGUCGCCGUUCACGAGCAAGUCGAAGACGAUCCAGUCGGUGGUUGAUCUGUGCCGUGAAGGCCGUUGCAGUGUCGCGACGUCGUUCGCGUCCGUCAAGUUCCUCAUCAUGUACGGCCUCAUCGGUUCGGUGCUUCGGUUGUUCAUGUAUUACCAUGCCAUCAAUCUUUCACAGUGGUGCUGGAUCUUGGUCGAGGGUUUCAUGCUGGUUGGAUGUUCAUACGUCAUCACGUUGUCCAAGCCACUGGAUGAACUGAAGGAUAUGCGACCGACGUCGAGCCUGAUUGGACCUACCACGCUGUCCUCUAUCCUCGGACAGGAGGCGAUCAACAUCAUCUACUUGUGUUUCAGCAUCCAUCUGCUCUCAAGUCAAGUCUGGUACUGCCCCUUCUCCCCAGACAAUGUGGAUGUUGCUAAGUGGUGGCUCAUGUCGGAUAACCACCUGGCCACGACGCUUUUCUUCUCGGUUAUUUUCCAGCAGCACAUUGGAGCAUGGGUCUUCAGCUUCGGCUCGACGUACCGCCAACCCAUCUGGAAAAACUAUUUGCUCAUCGCGUUCUUCGCGGCGGUCGGAGCGCUUGACCUGUACAUGCUUCUGGGUGAGCCGAGUAUCGUCACCGAUCGCUUCCGCAUCUCGAGCGGCACUAACGUCGUUGGACUGCCGGACAUUCCAAUGCCCAUGAGCUUCCGCCUUAAGUUGUUUGCCAUGCUCCUUGGCAACGUCUUCACGUGCAUCCUGUUCGAGUACUUCGUGGUACUCGGUCCUGUCCGCUCGUACUUCCGCAACAAGUACCAUAAGGACCUGAUCCCGAUGAAGAAGUAA